AUGGCCAUUAAACCGGAACUGGAUGUGGAGCCGGUUGACAUCCUCAAUGGAGACGCGACAACGCCUGCUGGUCGGGCGGCGGCUUCUUUGGACCCGGAGUCUGAUGAGGACGUUCCCGUCGACCCGGAGGAGCUCAAGGAGGCGCUGGGGAGGCCACCGCCGGUGCAUAGUAACUAUCUCCCUCUGCCGUGGAAAGGCAGAUUGGGAUAUGUGAGUUGCACCACGCUAAGACCGUUGGGCACAGCUGCUGACACACUACAGGCCUGUUUGAAUACCUACCUCCGCUACUCGACUCCUCCGGUUUUUUGUUCGAGAACGUGUCGAAUCGCAUCCAUAUUGGAGAACAGACAUCCGCUCCUCGACCCUGAUCAGCCUGCCCAUCCGACCAAAAACCGUCCGGACCGGGACCAAACACCUGAUGUCGCACGCGGCCAGGCCUUCGUCGAAGCGUUAGGGCUGGCGAAUGCGCGCGACCUUGUCAAAAUUCUGCGCUGGAAUGACAAGUACGGUAUUAAGUUUAUGCGAUUGAGCAGCGAGAUGUUUCCCUUCGCUAGCCAUAAAGAAUACGGCUACAAGUUGGCCCCGUUUGCCUCCGAGGUGUUGGAACAGGCCGGCCUGGUUGUUGCAGAACUCGGCCAUCGAGUGUCAGUUCAUCCAGGCCAAUUUACCCAGCUGGGGUCUCCUAAGAGAGAAGUGGUCGAGAGCUCUUAUCGGGAUCUCGAAUAUCACUCGGAGAUGUUACAGCUUCUCAAGCUACCGCCACAGCAAGAUCGCGAUGCGGUCAUGAUUCUUCACAUGGGUGGAGUGUUUGGCGAUAAAGAAGCGACUCUGGAUCGAUUUAGAGAGAACUAUGCGGCUUUGUCACAGGACGUCAAGAACCGGCUGGUCUUGGAAAACGACGACGUCAGCUGGUCUGUUCACGACCUCUUACCCAUCUGCGAAGAACUGAAUAUUCCUCUCGUCCUCGACUACCAUCAUCACAACAUCAUCUUCGAUGCGAAUGAGCUGCGUGAGGGCACUCAAGACAUCAUCGGUCUCUACGACCGCAUUGCCGCGACCUGGUCGCGCAAAAACAUCACACAGAAAAUGCAUUACUCCGAACCCACCCCCUCCGCCAUCACGAACCGCCAGCGCCGCAAGCACAGCGAUCGCGUGGCUACCUUACCUCCGUGCAAUCCCACCAUGGACCUGAUGAUUGAAGCCAAGGACAAGGAGCAGGCCGUGUUCGAGUUAAUGAGGACCUUCAAGCUUCCGGGAUACGAGCUCUUCAAUGACAUGAUCCCGAAUACGCGCACGGAUGAGAACAAAGCAUUCAAGCCACCAAGAAAGUCCAAGAAGAACGGCGGCUUUGUCGACCUGGAGGGUUCCGUUCCACCGCCUCCUACCAUUUCCGACGAAGAGGUUGGCAUGGGCGGCCCUGAGAGAAGGGUGUAUUGGCCACGAGGCAUGGAAGCAUGGCUCCGUCCAGUGAAGAAGGUCAUUCGGGCCAAGACGACUCGAAGCCCAGCAAAGAAGAGCGCAUCCAAGAGAGUGAAGGCGGAUCCGGGCGCCGAGAACGGUGAAGCGGAAACACCGAUCAAGAAGUCAGCUCGGGGAGCUCAACGUACGCCGGCAUCGACCAAACCCGCACGCCAGAAACGCAAGGCUGCCGAGGCUGUGGAGUCGACUCCAGAGUCUGAGGAGCUGUCUGCAGUGGACGACGGGGUCCCGGUGUCUGUCUCUCGGCGAAGUAGUCGAGCGAAGAAGGUGAAUUACACCGAAGACAGCGCAUAA